AUGGCAACCACCGACGACAACACCACUCUACCCUCAACCAUGAAGGCCGUCGUGCUCACUGGCGUCAACCAACCCCUUGAGCUGCGCACCGUUCCCGUCCCGCAAGCGACACCAGGCAGCGUCGUGGUCAAGGUGAUCUGCAUAUCCAACGACCGAGGCAUCCAGGACGCGGCGCUCGGCAACUCCCCAUUCACCUUCCCCACGCCCAUGAUCCCGUCGUCGCGCGCCGUCGGGCGCGUGGCCCAGCUCGGGCCCGACACCACCAGCCUGGCGGUGGGGCAGCUCGUGCUGCUCGAGCCGCACGUCCGCGCCCGCGACGACCCAAACGUCCAGAUCCUCUGGGGCCUGUGGGACGGGCCCUCGGCGCAGAGCAAGAAGUUUGCCCGCGACAACUGGACCGACGCCUGCCUGGCAGAGUACGUGCGCGCGCCGCUCGAGAACGUCCACGCGCUCGACGAGGCCAGGCUCUGCGGCCGCCUGGGCUACUCGGCCGAGGACCUCGUCCACCUCGCGACGCUCGCCAUCCUCUACGGCGGGCUGGCGUCGGUCGGGCUGCGCGCCGGCGAGACCGUUCUCGUCGCCCCGGCCACGGGCUACUUUAGCGGCGCCGCGGUCCCCGUCGCGCUGGCCAUGGGCGCCGGCACCGUCGUGGCCGUGGGCCGCAACGCCGCGGCGCUGCAGAGGCUGCAGGCGAAAUUCGGCGCCGACCGCGUGCGCAUCGUGGCGACGACGGGCGACGUCGACGCCGACGCCGCCGCCAUGCAGAGGGAGGCCGGCGGUCCCGUGGACGUCUACAUCGACGUGUCGCCGCCGGCCGCCACGGGUUCCGGCCACAUGCGCAGCGGAUUCAAGACGCUGGGCGCGGGCGCGCGCGCGGUGCUGAUGGGGUUCGUGCCCGACGACGUGCCCCUGUCGUACACCGAGGCCAUGUUCAAGAACCUGACCGUCAAGGGCAAGUACAUGUACGAGCGGGAGGACGUGCGGGGCCUGAUCAAGAUGGCCGAGUCGGGCGUGCUGAAGCUGGGGAGGCACGCCGGCGUUGAGAUCAUUGGGAGGUACAAGCUUGAGGAGUACGAGGCCAUGCUCCAUGCGACAUCCGAGAAUGGGGACGGGUCCAAGUUGAUCGUGACGAUUCCCUAA